GCAGUUGCGUCGACAGCGUACAGCAAGCAGCGUCUAUAAAUACGUCGGUCUUUAAGAAGUCGUUUUCCAGAUAUUAACGCGAGUGAAAAUAAUUAAAGAUGUGGACAAUAAUCGCGGGGGUGCUCGUCGUGCUCCUGACAUGCUACUACUACUUGAAGGACUAUGACUACUUCGAGAAGCGAGGGAUACCUUAUUCAAAACCCACUCCCUUUUUGGGAAGCAUGUGGCGUACGUUACUGAUGCGAAUGACCUUCGCAGAGGCGGUUCGCAAAAUGUACAAUGAAAACCGCGAAGCGAAGUACCUCGGCUUCUUCGAGUUCAUGACCCCUGUGGUGAUGAUCCGUGACCUAGAACUGAUCAGAGCCGUGACCAUCAAGAACUUCGAGGCCUUCCCCGACCACAGAUCCUUCGCCGACGACGAGAUCGACCCCAUGUUCAGCAGGAACCUAUUCAACCUGCGCGGAGACCGAUGGAAGGACGUUCGAACGACCUUGAGCCCUGCGUUCACCUCCAGCAAGAUGAAGGCCAUGUUCGUCCUCAUGAAAGAGUGCGCCAAACGGUACGGGGAGAACCUAGCCUCCCUACCGGCCGAUAAGAACACCAUAGAGCUGAAGGAUGCCUUCACCAGGUACACCAACGACGUCAUCGCCACGUGCGCUUUCGGAAUCAACGUGGACUCCAUGACGGAUCGCACGAACAAGUUCUACGUCUACGGUCGUGAAAGUACCAGCUUCGGAAGGUGGCAGUCCUUCAAAUUCUUCCUGAUUCGCUGCUUCCCUAAACUGUGCAGCACGCUGAACAUAAAGAUCGUGAAGACGGAGAUCGCGGACUUUUUCAAGGAGCUGGUCGCGGAGACUAUUAAAACUAGGGACGAGAAGGGCAUCGUGCGACCCGACAUGAUUCAGCUGAUGAUGGAGACCAGAGGCAAGUUGGGACCCGGCAAGGAGCUCACCAUCGAGGAUAUGACUGCUCAAGCAUUCAUCUUCUUCUUCGGAGGCUUUGAGAGCACAUCGACCCUCAUGUGCUUCGCGGCCUACGAGGUGGGAGUCAACGACGAGGUCCAGAAGAGGUUACAAGAUGAAAUCGACGAAGUUCUAAAUAAUGCUAAUGGAGAUGUCACCUACGAGGCGAUAAAUAACAUGAAGUAUCUGGACGCUAUCAUCAACGAGGCCCUCAGGAUGUACCCGGUCGUGGUGGGCACAGAUAGAAUCUGCGCAAAGAACUAUGAACUACCGCCAGCGCUGCCUGGUGCUAAACCACACGUGGUGCAGAAGGGGCAGUACGUUUGGAUACCGAUUUACGGAGUGCAACACGAUCCCGAAUACUUCCCUGAACCGGAGAAGUUCAAUCCGGAGCGGUUCUAUGAUGACCCUAAACAGAUACUCAACUCUGGAUCGUUUUUGAGCUUUGGACUGGGACCACGGAUGUGUAUUGGUAAUAGGUUCGCGCUUUUGGAGGCUAAGACCUUGCUCUUCUACAUUUUUGCUAACUGCACUUUGAAGCCUUGCUCGAAGACCGUCAUACCGAUGAAGCUGAGCAAGAAGGGAUUCGCCAUGACGGCAGAAGGUGGAUUCUGGUUCACCAUCGAACAGAGGAAGAAGGCGGAACGUGUGUAUGUUAACACUGGUUCAUCAGCACAACGUGUAUGAUUGACAUAUAUUUGGAGAUUGCGUUUGAAGAUAAGUCUGAUUAUGAAUAGAAUAUGAAAUUUAGGAAAUGGCAGUGUCUGCGAUAAAUAACGUGAUAUUUGAAGAUUUUUCAGUUUGUAAUACCAUUUUUAUCUUGAGCAUUUUUUUAUGUUAAUUUCACUCUUUUUUCUGUGUAAGAUCUUUCAUGCUAAUUUUGUAUUGCCAGGUGUUUGUAAUUUUGUAUAUUUGGAAUGGUAGAAUAAAUUCGUCUGAAUUUAUAAAAUAGCGGCUUAACUGCAAAUAAACAAGUGUUGCGCAGUUAUAGUGAUUGCCACGGGCAAUUUGUUCUAAUGAAGGUCAAUGUUAGGUUAGACUUCGAGCUAUUACAGCAAUAGUCUAGAAUUCUUUUCAACGGGCAACGAUGCGAAAUUUUAAUCGUGUGAACAGCUCAGUGAAUGGCGCCCAAAAACAGGUGUAAUUGAGUGAAGUAUUAAUUAGAGCGCAAUUCGAAAAUUUUGUUAUGCUUCGUUUGGUGAAGUUUGGUGUGUGAUUUCUUUCGCUUUGUACUUGUUUAACACGUCGUUAGCAUCAAAUAAAAAUGUUUGCAAUGAA